GUACCGCAAUAAUUAGCCGCGGAUAUUAAUGGGAAUAACGGGAUUAUGAGGAUUUGAGGAGAAGUGACCAGAAUCCGGUGUCAUACAGGGCGAGGGAUUAAGUCAGGCGUCUUUACUUCUUCCCUCUGCCGCUAUGGGGAUAGACCGGCGACGGAGAGCGUCGCUGGCUCUCACCUUGAACUUUCUCGCCUUGUUUCUGGCCGUGUCGGCUCUCACCACCAGCUACUGGUGCGAAGGGACGCGGAAAGUGGUGAAGCCGUUCUGCACCGGACCGGUCACCACCAAGCAGUCGUUCUGCAUCAGGUUCAACAGCACCAACAUCAACGACACGCGGCUGGUGCAGUACAUCUGGGAGACCGGAGAGGAUAAGUACGUGCUGAGGAAGUUUCACACCGGCAUCUGGUUCUCCUGCGAGCAGAACAUCAACAUGACCGGUGAAAAAUGCAGAAACUUCCUUUAUGUUGCACCGUCAAAUGAAAGAGGCGUGCUGUGGCUGUGCAUAGUUGCAGAGUGCCUGUACAUCCUCCUGCUGGCCACCGGAGGCAUCCUCAUGUCCAUAGAAGUGUGUCACUUUGGCAAUGUCAUCGACGGUCUCAAGCUCAAUGCCUUUGCCGCCAUAUUCACUGUGUUAUCAGGUCUGUUGGGGAUGGUGGCCCACAUGAUGUUCACCACAGCCUUCCAGCUGACUGUCAGUUUGGGCCCAGAGGACUGGAAACCGCAGACGUGGGACUACAGCUGGUCCUACAUUUUGGCAUGGAGCUCUUUCACAGCCUGCAUGGCGUCUUCAGUCACCACCAUCAACCGCUACACCAAAACCAUCCUGGAAUUCAAGCACAAGCGCAGGAACAUUGAGAAGAACCUGAAGAUCAAGCAGAAGCUGUUGGAGCUGGACUCUCCGGAGCAGGUGUGGGACAUGUACAUCAGCUCUGUGCCGAGCACUGCCGAGGAACUGCUCGACCUGUCGUCAGAUGGACGCAAACUCUCCAACACCUCCAUCUUCUUGGACCUCAAUGACAUGCCAGACCCACAGGGGGAGGAGUACUGCUAGACGAGCAGUGUGUAGCGUUUUGGGAUGUGAUUAUGUCACUGUCGAGUCCAAUGUCUUACAAGGGUGUAAAUACUGUAAACAUAAUGAGAUCAUGAUUGAGACCUCUGGCGAUUUGAAGUGAUGAUGGCUAACAAACUAGCCAAAAGAUUCAACAUUUAGCAUAUCAGAACACUGAUCUGGGAACACAUUUCUGGUCACUUGAUAAACGUAACUCUGAUAUUCACUUUAAUUUUAGCUCUGUUUUGGUCUUCACCAGCUCCUGAGAAGCAGAACUGGAUGUUUAGCUGCAAACAGUUCACUGUGUUCACCAACUGAUGAGAGAGGUCAACCCAAAACCAUAAAACCGCACCAGGAUGAAAGGUCUACAGAGCUGGUAAUCUUUAUGACUACAGUGUUAUUUUCAUCUCUUAACAUUUAAGGUAGAAGCUUUAAAGCUUUUUGUUUUCUUACAUGUCGCUAGCCUCAUAGCAUUAUGGCCUCAGUAAUAUUUUGGCCAACUUGAGAUAUCUGAUAACUCUAAUUUGCUAACACUGUAGAAAAAUUAGUUUUUUCUUUUUUUUCGCAGCGCUUUAAAAAACGUGUUAGGCAAUUAUGCUAUGAGGCUAACGAAAUAAAAACAACAUUUUUCUACGGUGUUAGCAAAGUAGAGUUAGCCAGAUAUCUCAAGUUGGCCAAAAUCUUACUUAGGCACUUGUGCUAUGAGGCUAACGAUAUGCUAAAAAAAAAGGUUUUUAUUCAUGUUAGUUAGCAAGGUUACAGCAGCAAUUAUUGUUGCUAGCAGAUAGUCUUUGUACCUUACUUUCAAUCAAGCUAAAAUGCAUGAAAAAAAAAGUUAUUAUCCAACUUGUAAUUUCAGAUCAUCCUUUGCUAGCAAAUAUUUUAUGGUGUUAGCCCUUUACAAAAAACAGAAAAGUUACGUACUAGGUAUAUAUUCUCUAUAACAUCUACAUUAAAUUGGAAUUUGUAUAGGGAUAAAACAAAGUAGGAAAAUAGCAGUUUUUCUACAUUUAAAUUCUGUAAUUUGCAGUUACUCUAAAUUGUGAAUUGCAUUUGAAAGCAGAUCAACAAAUAUACUGUCAAUGCACCAUCAAGGCUAAUUACUCUACUUCAAAAUUCAAGUGUUUACAGUGAUUGUACUGUUAACUCAGAACUCAUCACAUUUACGUGGAAAUCUGAUUUUGAAUCUUAUCCUGGUUCUGAUAAAAUUCAGAAUAUGAGGCAUACGUGACUCCACAGGGAUCCUGGGUUGUAGUCAGCCGUGUCCAGCUAAUAGUAUCCUACACAGUGGUCCUUUUAAAACUGAGAUAAAGCCUUAUCCAGAUUUCAGAAACCAGAAUGUGUACACAUGUAAAACAUAACGAGUAUACUAUUGUCUGCACUGAUGCUCAACUGCUCCAUGUCUAGUACUUAUCUAGAAAACAUGUCGCUGAGCCCACCACAGUGGUUCUGCACAUAAAGAGGUGGAUAUAGUCACCGUAAUGUUCUGAGGAUGGUGUUUUGGAUGUCUCCAUCACAGGGCGUGAUAGGAUGGAUCUGAUGGGAAACUGAAGUCACUGCCUGAAGGUUAGCUGAGCCCCAAAGCAUAUAUGCUACAUUAUCUAUUUUAUUCUAAAUGGGACCAUAAGUGGAAAUAAAUAUAUAGGAAAAAAGACUUAAAACUAGCAAUUGAAAGCAUAAACUCAUUAUGGAAAUGUUUACUCUGGUGGUAAAUCAUCUGAGAAAUAGAGCAAUUUUUUUCAUAGACGUCUAUAUCCAUCAUACUGUUUUACAUUAGGAGUCCCCCCCAGCGGCCAUUAGUAUAAAUGGGUUGAAGAGAAGGUGAAGCUGAAGAACCUAACCUCAGAACCUGGUUUCCUCAUUUUUUGUUUAUUUAUUGAUGAAGGUGUACAAAGUUGCUAAAGCUGUGUGUGUCCAGGACUCACUCAGCUGUAAAUGCGCAUUGCUGGACCGCCAGUAUCCAUAUGUUGAGACACGGCCCCCAACCUUUCAAAAAUGUAAACCAAAUGGGAUUUAGUAGCUUCAAACACACCUCGUUAGGUCUGCACUUCCAGAGAAUUCAGAUUUAUUGUUGAGGUGAUCGCGAACUGAAAAUCAAAGGACUGUAGCAGCAUUUCUCCAUUUUACUCAUAGGGACAAAAGAUGAUUUUAGAGUGUACAGGAUGAAGGUUUCGGGGAUGGAGGAUGCCUAUAGGCCGCGCUGAGUGCCUUUACUUCCAGCAGCAUGCCUCCGCUCACACAGCAUGCUCUGUGCUCACUACAUAUUAAUAAGGGCAGUGCUGUUUCUCAGAAAAAUUACUGCUUUAGAGGAAACAUGUAGCUGUCUGCGCAAACUGCCAAAAUUCAUCAGCAAGAGGACCGCAGCUCUCUUGAAGCUCUCUGUGUUAAUAUUUACUUGAUGAUGGGGUAUUUUUCCUGUACUGACAAACCAGGAUUGUUGAUAUUUACAGUCAUUUAAGUGCAUUUCAAACUAUAUAUUUGUGUACCUUAUUUAUUUGUUCAGUUCAAAGUGAAAUGUAACGUAGAUCACCGUACAGUUUAUUCUUCUUGAGUUUCAAUUAUAUUUGACCUUCUGGGUUGCAGUAUAUGCUGAAGCAUGGAUUGUUGUGUCUUUGUGUCAUGACUUAUUUACAGUGGCACUUUUUUUGUGUAGUGUUCCUUAGUUGCUUUU